AUGCCAGCACACUCUCACUCAACAUAUCCCUUCACCCCCUCUCGCCGUAUCAUAUCAACUCAUGACCCCGCCACCGGACGAGCAGUGUUCAACAAUAUCCCCGAAAACCCACCCAUUGGCGAGAUACCAAACUCCAGUUCUGCUGAGCCAUCGCGCAAUGUAAAAGUAUACUCGACCUAUACGUUCCCCGUCAGCGGACUAUCGCCUCAAUCUCAAGUCACGAGUGAGGAGGACUCCAAUCUAGACUUGAAAGCCUAUGAGGACGACCUCAAACAUCCUCGUCCUCCGGAUGGUUCGCAGGGGUGUCAGACGACGUGUCGAUUGUUGGAGAUGGCUCCGGGAGAUGAGGCUCCGAUGCAUCGGACGAUUACUUUUGAUUAUGGCGUUGUUAUCGAUGGGGUGGUCGAAUGGGAACUCGAUUCCGGAGAAACUAGAAUCUUGAAGAAGGGUGAUGUGUGUAUACAGCGAGGUACGGCGCAUGCUUGGAAAAAUGUCACACCAGUCGAGGAGAAUAAUGGAUGGGCCCGGAUGUUCUUCGUUAUGCUCGCUAGUGAGAAGAUUCGAGUCAAGGAGGGAAGGGAACUGGGUGUGUCUCCUUUGUGA